UUGCGGGUGAAAGGGCAAAAUCCUGGACGUUGAUAAUCGCGAGAGGGGUCAGAGACGAGCCCGGAAGGCGAGAACCCGCCUCAGGGUGACAGGUACUGAUUUGUACCUGGAAAAACCUGUCUGACCAGUCCACCAGGGGGUCUCACUGGAGGAUCAAGGUAAAUAGGAUUCAUUUCCUGUUUUGAUGCUGUCUUUCCAGCUAUAUUGGAGGAGGUACAGAAGAGCAGGAAAGCAUUUUAGAGUACUAUUAGCCUGUGUCUAGCCUUUCCAGAUCGUACUGCAGAAAUUUGACCCUUAUCUCAUGUUUUGUAGAUUCUGACUAAAUUGAAAAUCUUGUUGCUGAUAUAAAAAUCUUAUCAGCGUUGCAAUAUUGUUUGACUUGCAUUUGCAGCUGAACAUCUACUUUGUUUCUUGUACUAUUUUAUUCACUGAUGUACAUCCAGAAUACUCAUAUCAAAUAAUUUGAAACCUAAACCAUGAAUCCUACUUUCCUAAAAAUGUCAAAGAUGACUUACAGUGGCACAGAAUGUGAAGCUGAGAUUGCUUCAUACAAUAAAACGGUUUUGUACAGCAUUUUUCAUACAAACUAUCUCAGAACGCUUUAUGGGGGUAAAUAAUAUUAGAGAGAGACCCUUCUAAUAGGGAGAAAAGAUGUUUUCUUUUGAGUUUGAAAUAACAUGGCAAAUCAGAGAUGGAGCAGACUGCAAGAGUGGUUAAAAAAAAAUUUAAGGCUGCUUCUCCCCUACAGGUGGUAAGAUUGUGAGGUGAGAUGAAAGGGAAGUUGGGGCAAUAAAAAGAUAGUCCAUGAGCUGAAACAACUCCGCUGAAGGUUUUACAUAUCGGGACCCAGUGACCCCCUUUUUAUGCCCAAGAUGAGGGCUGAGUGCGGGAGGGAGAAUGGUCCUGGAAAGCCAGCUUUUAGAAUACUUGAUUUAACAUGACUUUGUUCUUUCAGAUCGUCUCCUCGGGACUCAGCUAGUUACUAUGAGCUUGAUACAGAGUGACAACAGCUAUAGAGCCAGAGAUCUGGAGACUGGCUGCUGUGCAGCCAUGGCCAGUGCGUGCAGUGCUGGAGCUAAAGAAGACAGCAUAGGUGUCUCUGUCAGCAGUGGGACUGGAAACCUUCCAAACUCCUUCACGGAGGAGACUCAAGGAUAUGAUGUGGAGUUUGAUCCCCCCCUGGAAAGUAAAUAUGAAUGUCCAAUCUGUUUGAUGGCUCUCCGGGAAGCAGUGCAGACGCCAUGCGGACACCGGUUUUGCAAAGGCUGCAUUGUCAAAUCAAUAAGAGAUGCAGGUCACAAAUGUCCAGUAGACAAUGAAAUUCUACUCGAAAACCAACUCUUCCCUGACAACUUUGCCAAACGGGAAAUCCUCUCACUGAAGGUGAGAUGUCCUAACAAGGGCUGUCUUCUGAAGAUGGAGCUGAGACAUCUAGAGGAGCAUCAGUUGAAUUGUGACUUCUGCUCUGUGGAAUGCCUACAAUGCCAGAGCUUCUUCCCGAAGAACCAGCUGCAAAACCACAUGACACUGGAAUGCCCACGGCGGCAGGUCUGCUGUCCAAACUGUGCUACAUCUAUGGCUUAUGAAGAUAAAGAGCUUCAUGACCAGAACUGUCCACUUGCAAAUGUGUUUUGUGAAUAUUGCAAUACAGUGCUGAUCAGAGAACAGAUGCCUAAUCAUUAUGAUAAUGACUGCCCUACCGCCCCAGUACCAUGUACAUACAGUGCCUUUGGAUGUCCUGAAAAGAUGCAGAGGAAUGAUUUGGCACGUCAUAUGCAAGAGUACACUCAGGUUCACAUGAGAAUGAUGGCUCAGACUCUCCGGAGUAUUAGUGUUACUACCACAACUCCCAUGUCCUACCUCAGUGGCCUAUCCUUUGAGCCAUCUGUCUUCUCACAUGUCCCACCUGCCACAUAUGACUGCAACCCAGAAGUUGAGAACUUCAGGGAAACCAUUCAGCAGUUGGAAGGUCGCCUGGUAAGACAAGAUCACCAGAUCAGAGAGCUUAUUGCUAAAAUGGAGACUCAGAGCGCUCACGUAGGAGACCUCAAACGUACUAUCCAAAAUCUAGAGGAAAAAAUUGCCGAAAUGGAGGCACAACAAUGUAACGGCAUUUACAUCUGGAAAAUUGAGAACUUCAGUACACAUCUGAGAGCCCAAGAAGAAGAGAGACCUGUUGUGAUCCACAGCCCUGGCUUCUACACUGGGAAACCAGGCUACAAACUGUGUUUGCGCCUGCAUAUCCAGUUACCAAAUUCUCAGCGGUGUGCUAACUUUAUAUCCCUCUUUGUCCAUACUAUGCAAGGAGAAUAUGACAGUCAUCUGCCUUGGCCAUUUCAGGGCACCAUACGACUUUCUAUUUUGGAUCAAUCAGAAGGACUUGCAAGGCAGAAUCACGAAGAAGUAAUGGAAGCCAAACCUGAGCUUCUAGCCUUCCAGAGACCUACAAUCCACCGCAACCCAAAAGGUUUUGGUUAUGUGACAUUCAUGCACCUGCAAGCUUUGAAGCAAAGAACCUAUGUAAAAGAUGAUACUCUUCUGGUGCGCUGUGAGGUUGUAACACGUUUAGACUUGAACAAUGUACGGAAAGAGGGCUUUCAACCUCGCAGUACUGAUGGGGCUGUAUAGUCUGUUGCGCCCUAACUAAGGGAGCCCCACACUGCUGUUCUUCCACAACAGAUUGGAAGGACAAGAGCAUGAACGAAGGGAUUUUCCAGAGGGGAAAAGCUUCAUGAUAAGAGCAGUUAUCUGGGUUGAACAAUGCCAUUCUGCAGGCUAAUGCAGCUAAUUUAACAGAAUAGGAUUUGCUGCCUUUGAUAUACAAGCUUUUUCCUCUGUGAGUCAUGUAUUAAAUAUUUCUUCUUCUCUGUUAAUGUAUUAAGCUAACUGAGGGAAGUAUUGCUGUGUUAUCAAAGGUGAAAUUCUUCAGUAAGAAUUUAUUGAAGCAACUCUCUUCCUACACUGGGGGAGUUUGGGUCAAAUUCCACUUCUAGAAGUCUGUGAGAAAGUGAAGCAUUGAAGCUGAAUGCCCCAGAUGUCCUAAAUAUGGAAGUAUUGGAAAGCUACUAAAAGGAGCAGAAAGCAGGGGAUGAGGAUGGGGAAGCAGCUGGGAGUAGUGGGGGUCAUGUGGGGGUGGUAGAGGAUAAAGCAGGGGGAUUACUUUGGGCUCAGGCUGGCAGUGUCUAGCAUAAGGGGACUAAGGGCCAGGGGACAGGCAGGGAGAGAGCGGUACAACUAGUUCAGGCUGGUCCAGGUCACAUCUCCCUGGGGAGUUAACGCAGCAGGACCCAGAAUCCCAGGGAAGUUUCUCCUGUAUGCACCUGGGAAAUGGCCCCUCCAGCUUCUGGCUCCAGUGUCAGCUAGUGCUCUGAGAUCAUCCCCCUCCAUGCCCUUCCUUGAGGGCUAAAUAGCAGCUGCCCCCACUGACCACUUUGUAUAUGCCUGUCUGCCCCUGUGUCCUGUGGGAUCCUUUCUGUACUUGUGCACCUGCCUAAGCGCCUCUGUCCUGAUUGACCUCUUGUGCUCCUACCCCAUAGACCUUCCCCCCAUUUGUCCUGCUCUCUGCCCAUCUGCCCUUCAGUCUCAGCUGGUUUGUCCUUUUGUCUGUCAAUCUCCCUCUCACCUAUCUCAGCCAGAGGCUUGAAGCACCAGGGCCAAAACUCUGCUGCUGCUGGUCAAGGCUCCCGACCAGACACAGCAGCCUCUUGUCCCUGGGAGCAUCUGAGCUGCCCUGCACCCACUGCCACCAUCAUAGAAUCAUAGAAUAUCAGGGUUGGAAGGGACCUCAGGAGGUCAUCUAGUCCAACCCCCUGCUCAAAGCAAGUCACUGCUGAGCAUCUGCUUUAACUAAAAUAGAUAUGAAGCCGCCAGGAGGCUGUUGGUGGUGCUAGUGCUGGGACAGGCACCAAGUGGCAGCAGCAUGCAAAGUUGUGACCAGCUGCUGCCAGGCAGCAGAAACACUGAGAGAAGCAGCAGCAUGGCAGGGAGCAGGGGCUGAGCUGGGCAGGGUAGGUGAGCAGACUGCUCCCCCCCCCCCCAUGGGGCGGUGUCAUGGGGCUGCUUAAAGGGAGACAGUUCAGAGUGAGGGUUUCCCCUGCUAUCUAGAGAGGUGGAUUGACUUCAUUGCCACAGCUGCUGCUUAAUAGUACCAGAAUGGUGUUCCGGCGUGACUACACCACUGCCCGAGGGGAUGCAAUGCACAUACUGUAGCAGAAGUGAACUAGCUCAACUAUGGAAGAUGGUCUCAUGCUACAGAUUCAGGAGAUAUUCACCUUGGUUGGAAUACAGACCGUUUCUAAAUGGACUUAAAUCCAAAUGGCAAGAAUAGAGGAAGGAAACAAAAGUACAGACUAUUUAAGUGCCUUUAUAGCUUAGCCAGGGAAUGCACAGCAAGGGAAACUCCAACACUUUGAAUUUACCAUGUUCCUUUUGGAAUAUGAAGUAAGAUUAGGACUCAGUCCACGGUCCCUACACAUCUGUCGGUCUCUAUCUUCCUCCUCCCAGGGAAUUAUGUUCAGGAACAUUCAAACAGGAACCCGCAUGAUGGUGUUGAAUCAAUCUUGGACUUCUGAAAAGCUUUCUACAAAACCCAUGAAAUACAGCCCCAGAAAAGGCUAAACAAAUGUUUCUGCUGAAUGUGCUAAGAUCAGUGAGGAAAUGCUGAUAGAAACUAUGGCUUUUAGGCCUCCCUGUAACUUAUUUUUUCUUUUCCCCCCUCCCAUAAUGUGUUUACACCUUGUUUGCAAUUGUGUAAAAACAUUGCUGACACUCUUCCACUAUAACUAAGGUGGUGCUGGAUGGGUUAAAGUUCUGCAUUGGUAGGGAUGCUUUUUGUGGUGAUAGAUCAUGUUGGUGUGAGAAUUGUUCAACAGAGAGGAAGAGGACAUAUACUAGGUGGCUCAGGGAUCAUGGAAACUUUUACCUCUUGGUCACACCUGACUUGUGCCAAACUUACCAGAGAUCUAAAAUCAUUCCUAUCAAAUGACACUCAGGUGGCCUGUGUGAAAUGUGGUGGAGGGUCUAUCACUAGUUCUCAGCAAACAAUUGUACACAUAGUGCCAAAAGUGAUGGUGGCUUGUUGAACUAGAGAGCUCCAGGGCAUAGUAGGUUAGCCACCCUCACCACCUAGAAAAGAACAGGAUGGUAGCCCGCUAUUAGGGCAGUGUUGGUGAACUUGCAUUGCUAUGUGUUCUUAUAAUAAACAAGCACAUUCUA